UAACUAAACAUUUUUGGCUGAUUUUUAAUCAGGCAGCGUUUCGGCCCCACCUGUUAGAGGACCCCGCACUAGCAUGUCUGACAGACGAGCUAAGUGCUCGGCGGAGCUGGAGAGAGAAAACGCGCCCGGAGCGGUCCCGUAAAAAUGGCAGAAGUCAAAGUGAAGAAGGAACCGAACCUUACAGAACCGGUGGACACCGAGAACAGGAUCAAAGAGCUGUGUCAGCAGUUUCCUCAGGGCAUCACGGACCAGGUGAUCCAGAACGACAUGCCUCACCUGGAGCCUCAGCAGAGAGCCAUGGCCAUCAACAAGCUGCUGUCGCUGGGUCAGCUGGACCUGCUCAGGAACAGUUCAGGUCUCCUGUAUAGACUGAAGGACUCUGUGAGCGCCAGUAAAAUGAAAGGUUCAGACAACCAGGAGAAACUGGUUUAUCAGGUCAUCGAAGAUGCAGGAAACAAAGGGAUCUGGAGCAGAGACAUCCGCUUCAAGAGCAACCUGCCUCUGACCGAGAUCAACAAGAUCCUGAAGAACCUGGAGAGCAAGAAACUGAUCAAAGCUGUGAAGUCUGUGGCUGCGUCUAAGAAGAAGGUGUACAUGCUGUACAACCUGCAGCCGGACCGCUCAGUGACGGGCGGCGCCUGGUACAGCGACCAGGAUUUUGAGUCAGAGUUUGUAGAAGUUCUCAACCAACAGUGCUUCAAGUUCCUGCAGAGCAAGGCAGAAGCGGCGAGGGACGGCAAACAGAGUCCAAUGGUCCAGAGAAACAGCUCCUUCGCCACCUCGCAUGAAGUCUGGAAGUACAUUUCUGAGCUGGGCAUCAGUAAGGUCGACCUGUCCAUGGACGACAUAGAAACCAUUCUUAACACGCUGAUCUACGACGGGAAGGUGGAGAUGACCGUGAUCGCUGCCAAGGAGGGCACUGUGGGCAGCGUGGAUGGGCAGAUGAAGCUCUACCGUGGGGUCAACCCCGUCCUCCAGGCCACUGGCCUCGUCAAGACACCCUGCGGCCUCUGCCCGGUGUUUGACGACUGUCACGAAGGGGGAGAAAUCUCUCCGUCGACCUGCAUCUACAUGACGGAGUGGUUGGACUUCUGACCGUUUGUUCUUUUGUAUAAAACUCAGAGUUUAAUAAAUCUGAGAAUAUGAA